UGAAAAUAAACACAGCUGUAAAAUGGAAUCUGAACUGAAAUGUGUUUUGGCUGAACGGACUCUUGUGGAAAUGUUGUCUGCGGGAAGAUGAAGCGAGGAUCGGGAGCGCAGCAUCAUACACGUGCCAGACAACAAGUCCUCUAAAAUUCGAAGAGUGAAAGAAAAAAAAGAUAAAGAUGCAGUUUUACAGUUUUCUCCUGGUAUGGACCGUAUCGUCGGUGUUUGGAGCAGCGGAUCCCGCAGCAGAGCGCGCCGUUACCAUGUUACUGCGCGUUCCCGUGCGCCAAGGCCCACUGCGCGCUCCCGUGGAGGACUCUCCACGCAGGGCGGCACGAAAACCGCGAUCCAUCCGUGGUGUAAAUUUUGUGGAUAUGGAGGACAACCUCCGGGGCAAAUCCGGACAGGGCUACUACAUCGAGAUGGCCGUUGGCACGCCUCCUCAGAAGUUGAACAUCCUGGUGGAUACGGGUAGCAGCAAUUUCGCAGUGGGGGCUGCAGCACACCCGUUCCUGCACCGGUACUACCGUCGCUCUCUAUCGACAUCGUAUAGAGACCUGGGCCGGAGCGUGUACGUACCCUACACCCAGGGCCGCUGGGAAGGCGAGUUGGGCUUAGAUGUCGUGUUGGUGCCACACGGCCCCAACGUCACGCUCAGGGCCAACAUCGCCGCCAUCACCCAGUCUGAUCGCUUCUUUAUCAACGGCUCAAACUGGGAGGGAAUCCUGGGGCUGGCUUACGCAGAGAUCGCCAGGCCUGAUGAAAACCUCGAGCCCUUUUUCGACUCUCUGGUAAGGCAGACGAGCGUGCCCAACCUCUUCUCCCUGCAGCUCUGUGGGGCUGGCUUCUCCCAGAAUUACAGCCUUGGCAGUGCCACUGUGGGUGGCAGUAUGAUUAUUGGAGGGAUCGACCCGUCGCUUUAUAUCGGUGAGAUCUGGUACACUCCGAUACGACGCGAGUGGUAUUACGAGGUUAUCAUUGUGCGCAUCGAAGUCAACGGACAGGAUCUGAACAUGGACUGCAAAGAGUACAAUUAUGAUAAAAGCAUCGUUGACAGCGGCACCACGAACCUGCGCCUCCCUCACAAAGUGUUCCAGGCGGCUGUGAAGGCCAUCGAAGCAGCUUCCUCGACUGAACAGUUUCCUUCAGGCUUUUGGCUGGGUGAACAGUUGGUCUGCUGGCAGGCUGGAACUACACCCUGGCACAUAUUCCCUGUCAUCUCCCUGUACCUGAUGAGCGAGAACCACAACCAGUCCUUCCGUAUCUCCAUUCUGCCCCAGCAAUAUCUCAGGCCUGUAGAGGACGUCGCCUCAGCGCAGGAGGACUGCUACAAGUUUGCAGUGUCGCAGUCGAGCACGGGUACAGUCAUGGGCGCCGUCAUCAUGGAAGGCUUCUACGUCGUCUUCGAGCGCGACAGUAAGCGGAUUGGCUUCGCCGUCAGUACGUGCCAUGUUCACGACGAGUUCCGCACGGCCUCAGUGGAGGGUCCGUUCCACGGCCUGGACCUGGAGGACUGCGGCUACAACAUCCCCCAGACGGACGAGUCCACCCUAAUGACCAUCGCCUACGUAAUGGCGGGUAUCUGCGCCCUCUUUAUGCUGCCCCUUUGCAUCAUGGUGUGCCAGUGGCGCUUCGCCCGCUGUCUGCACCCGCCGGGCACCGGCGACUUUGCCGAUGACUUGAAUCUCCUGAAAUGAGCCAUAUCUACAGUAUAGCCGAUGAUUUCAAAUCAGGACCAGGUCGUCGCCGGGACCGGACCAGCGUGGCGUAAGAGGGGUGGGUAGGAAUGUCACGUAUCAUGGAUCGUGUAUAUAGAGUCAGUAUGGCAUGUACGGUUGGACCGUCGUGAUAUGGAGGAGGUUUAACACCCCAUGUGUGAUGAUGGUCCCGUAUUAUUAAGUCCUUUAAGUAUGGAUGGCCUUGCGUUAGGCUUUCCCAGUGCGUCAUGUCUAUGUGUGUAUGGAUGAGAACUCUCAUGAUGUCAUUUCCUUUACUAAUAACAGGACCUCUAAUGAUGAUAAUGAUGUGAAUUCUGAUUUUUAAUUCAUGAUACUAUACCAGCCUCUGAAACAGAUUUCACCUAUUACUAACCACAGAUGAC